CGAGCCGACCAAUGGCGAAGCGCGACCCUUGGGCACCUCAGCCGGAAUCAGCUGUUCGACACGUGCGCGUGUGUGUGUGUCUGUGUGUCACACAACGUGCACUUUACCUCCUCCCCCCCCUGUCAACCUUCACAAAACACAGUUCGCUAAUAAUAACUUUAACUGUCUGGAAGCCACGCAAUGCCGCCACGCUGAGCUCGGCGGCGGCACAGAUUUUGAUGAAUUCUCCGCUCGUUGCCGCCAGAGCGCUCGGGGCCUCGGGUCGGGCCGUUAGGAGCCUGCGUUGCCUGAAAAGUCUGCGGCGAUUGAGCAGCGGGACGCGGCGAGACGCGCAGCCUCGAAGCGCUGCGGCGUCGUGGGCGUCGUCUCGCCCCGCGAAUAAAUUUCCGAGGGCCGCCGCCGCCGAGAUGAACGCGGGCCCCGCUUGGACUCAAGGGCCCCAGCCGACCCUGAAGCAUCUGAAGAGCAGAGACAAGAGGCGCACAGCCGGCGCUGUGUACGCCCUCACGCACACCCCCUCCUGGGUCUUCCUGCAGGUGGUGAACUCUGGGCAGAGGGGGUCUGGACCAGCUCUCUUCCUGUUCUCCGAUUUCAACAGAUAUCUCUUCAACUGCGGAGAAGGGGUCCAGAGAGUGAUGAUGGAGCACAAGCUCAAAAUGUCUCGGCUUGACAAGAUUUUCUUCACGAGGAUGAGCUGGAACAACGUGGGAGGACUUUCUGGAAUGAUUCUUACCAUGAAAGACAUCAACAUUCCCGAGUGCAGCUUGUUUGGACCCCCACAGCUUGAGAGGUACCUGGAAGGAGUCAACGUGUUUGCCGCCAACAUCCACGACCUCAAGUUGGUGGUGGAGCCGUGCACGGAGAUGGAGUCGGUGGAUGAGACGAUGGCGGUGCAGCAGAUCCCCAUACUCGGAGAUAACUCGAAGGCUGACAACCCGUCCCUGACUGUGGCUUAUCUCUGCAAGCUCCAUGAACGCAAAGGGAGCUUCCUUCUAACGAACGCGAAGGCCCUGGGGCUGCCCAUAGGAACUAAAGACCUGGGACCCAUGGUCACAGAUUUUAAAAACGGCAAGUCGGUGGUGUUCAACGGACGAGAGAUCCGACCGGAGGAGGUGCUGACGCCCUCGGACCCGGGUCCCAUGUUCCUGGUCAUCGAAUGUCCGGACGCGUCCUUCGUGAGCCCCGUCACCUCCAACGCCGCCCUCCACCGGUACCAGGCGGGCGGGGAUCGGAGGAUGCUCUCCCUCGUCGUGCACAUGGCUCCAGACCACGUGGUCUGCCACCCGCUCUACCAGGACUGGAUGCAGAGGUUCGGCGGCUCCACGGAGCACUUGUUGCUGAACGAGCGGACGGGGUCACUGCACCACCUCCGCAGCCUCCAGAUCCAGACGCAGCUGCACCUGGUGCAUCCCCGCAUCUUCCCCACGCUCCACGGGCCCGGCCACUCCCCCACGUCCUCCGAGAAGCGCCCCGAUUUCAAGCUGCCGCUCGUGAUGGGAGAGUGCCUCCUCAAGUACCAGCUGAGGCCCAAUGUCACGUGGCAGAGGAACUUACUGCCGGUGCUGGACGAGGAUCAGUGUCGCCAGGAGGCGAUGGAAUGCGCCGAGUUCGCUGCGAGGGUCGGGGAGAUCGAGCGCGAGGCCGGCAGUGACGCCGCCGCAGAGGGAGCCUCACGAUGGCCGGAGGUCGUGUUCCUGGGGACGGGCUCCGCAAUGCCGAUGAAGACGCGGAACGUCAGCGCCACCUUCCUCCGCAUGAGCGCCGAGCGAGCGGUGAUGCUGGACUGCGGGGAGGGGACCCUGGGCCAGCUGACGCGGCACUUUGGCGAGGGCGUGGACGCGCCGCUGUGCGCUCUGCGCGCCGUCUUCGUGUCGCACAUGCACGCCGACCACCACACGGGGCUUAUUAAUUUAUUGCUUCACCGAGAGAGAGCCUUGAGUGCACUGGGGAGGCCCUGGAAGCCGCUCAUCGUGAUUGGGCCUCCCAAAAUCAUGAACUGGCUCAACAUCUACCAUGAGCACUGCCAGGCAGUCCUCCACCUGCUGACGUUUAUUCCAUCUCAGACUUUCCUGAAAAUCUCCCAGGACUCUGAGGAUCUUCCCGAGUCAGUGCAUGACCUCUACAAGGAACUGGACAUCAGCCACUUUGAAACGUGCUACGUGCACCACUGCUUCAACGCGUUUGGAUGCGCUCUGACUCACGCGUCCGGCUGGAAGGUCGUGUUCUCCGGAGACACGAUGCCUUGCGAUGCGCUCAUCAGCAUGGGGAAGGGGGCGACGCUGCUCAUCCACGAGGCGACGCUGGAGGACGGCCUGGAGGAGGAGGCUCUGGAAAAGACGCACAGCACCACGUCCCAGGCUAUCGACGUGGGCAUCCGGAUGGGCGCCGAGUUCACACUGCUCAACCACUUCAGCCAGAGAUACGCCAAGAUCCCGCUCAUCCAGGACCUCACGGCUCGCGUUGGAGUCACCUUCGACCACAUGCAGGUCCGGUUCUCGGACUUUUCCAUUCUCCCCAAACUGAUCCCUCCGCUCAAGGCCCUGUUUGCAGAGGACAUCGAAGAAAUGGAGGAGCGCAAGGACAAGAGGUGCAUUCGUCAGCAGCAUCAGCAGCAGCAUCAGCAGCAGCAGCAGGACCAUCAACAGCAGAAACAGCAGCAGCAGCAGCAGAAGCAACGUAAUCAGCAGCAGCAGAAUCUGUCGCAAGGGGAGCAGAAAAAGCGGCAACAGCAGCAGCAGCAGAAUCUGUCGCUUGGGGAGCAGAAGAAACGGCAACAGCAGCAGCAGCAGCAGAAUCUGUCGCUUGGGGAGCAGCAGCAGCAGCAGAAUCUGUCGCUUGGGGAGCAGAAGAAGCGGGACGAUGCGUCAGACAAACCCGCCGCAGCAGCCGCAGCACUUCCCGCGGUGGAAACCCCGUCAGAGUUCUCGGAACAAUCGUCGACCAAGAGGAGCGCGCCGACUCGCGGAGAAGCGAGCGACAGCGAGGACGGAGGGAAGCGUGCGAGGCUCGCGAAGGGCGGCGGCGGUGGGGGAGAAGCCGCCCCGGCGUUGUCCUGAGCCAGAGAGAGAGAGAAAUCGUCGCGAUGGGCGGCGGAGAGAGGAGAGAAGCGACGGGUGGGAGUCGUGGCAGAGUUGGGAAGAGAGAGGCUCUCUGUUUGGUAUCAGCACGACCUCGAUUCCAGGAGGAGGGGGCCCCGGAUUUCGGGGGGGGGGGGGGCCGGUUGGAGUUCUAAGACGCUCCGCUGAACGGAUAUUCGGUUUGUAAGAGAACGUGUUGGGGAAUGAGACGUCGUUUCGUUUUCCCGUUCAGAAACAAAGUUGAGUUGUUGCCGGAGCGUGUGUGCAUAAUAUCCCGGCAACGAAACAAGUUUACACCUGGUAGAAAGGAAACUAAAAUUGGCCUAUUUUUUUUGUUUGCUAUUAGAAACGUGCGUCUAUAAUUAAUAUAUAUUUUUUAAAAAAAAUUCCAAGUCAAUUGUUUUGGAGCAGACUCCCAGGCGAUGUCUCUGUGGUGCAUUCGCAAACUCGGGGGUGUUGAAGGACUCUGUAAGGAAGUGGCAGAAUCUGCGAUGAACCCAACACGGCAACGAACCCUUGAAACGAGGAUCUCAGCGGUGCCAGCUCAGUGUCUCUUGACACGGCCAUUAUGACCCCCCCCCCCAAUAAACAACACCCAGACAGUCAGAAUACCAGCGGUGUUGGCUGUGUCUCUUGACACGGCCAUUAUGAUGACCCCCCCCCCAAUAAACAACACCCAGACAGCCAGGAUACCAGCGGCGACCUAUAAAUAUUCGCGUGAUAAGUGACGCUUCAGAAAUUGACCCUUCAGAGCAGCAUGGCUAUGAUGGCUGAAGGGCCGGCUGGUCAAAACUAAAGUUGGGAUAACUUUUGUAUUUUAUUGUUACUUACUGACUCCCGGUGCCACUACUGGACACCUCGUGUUAAAGCGCUUCGUAGCCCAUCGGAUCCCUCCUGCAGUCUAAAAUAAAGAUUCUUCAUUCUGAUUUGUGUUU